AACAACCUCCCAUUCCAGAUAAUAAUAAUAACCCACUCCCUCUCCAUGAACAUUCAAACAAAAGCAAGCCAAAAUUCAACUACACAAGCAACAACAUCAAAUUAAAAAACAAACAAACAAUAGUGUUCUGAUGUGAAUAAAUGUAACUAACAGGAUUAAUUCCUUAACUAAACUACAAGAAUAUUUGUAUUUUCAAUUCAAGUUUUCUGACCAUCACUGGACAUGUUAUAGCCAUAACGAAGAUGAAGCGUUAUUUCCUUAGUUUAUUUUUAUUCAACUCCUCCUCAUCAUCAUUAUAUAAACAACUCAACUUUUCCAUCUCAGUACACUUACUGUAUAUACAAAAGACCCCAUGAAUGAUUUUAUUCUAGUUGGAGAAACCAGAAAAAAUAUGAGAAAACAAUUUUCUCCUUCAAGUGAUGAAGAUGACAGCCAUAGUGAUAUUCUAUCAUCGAGUCGUUCAUCAUUCCAAAAUUGGUGGAGAUCAGCAAAAGAAUUUGAUGAAAAUGGUAAUCUGAAACUUGAUUACACCAACCUUAUUACAGAUCUUUCACCAAGAUUGAAAGUUAUUAGAGAAAUGGAAAGACUUGCUUUGAUUGCUACUGAUGGUCUUGAUGAUCUUAGACAUAAACUUUUGAGUUACAAGUCUGGUGAUUUUUGGUUACCAACUGGUGGGAUCAAGAAAGAAGAGAUGGAGAUUUCUCCAAUUAUUACAAUUCUCUUAGUUGGAUUUUCUGGUGCUGGCAAAAGCUCAAUUAUUAAUCUCAUGUAUAGUGUUCUUGGUAGAUCUGGUCUCAUCCCUUUCACUCAAACUUCAGGGGUGUCAUCAGAGUAUACAACGAUGUUCAUGGAAGAACACAAUGUUUUAAGAUCUAUAAGAAGUGGAUUUUGUGUUUACGACUCGAGAGGGUUAGAUUACAGUCAAUUAGGUGAGAGUCUAGAAGGUUUAAAUAACUGGAUGGUGACUGGAAUUCAUCAUCACCAACUCUGUCGUAGACCAGGAGUAGAAGAAAAUUUGACGGGGCCUAUAAUGCCGUCUACGUCUAGGUUUAUAAGGAGGCGAGUUAACUGCGCUAUGGUGGUAGUGAACAUUGCAGAGAUUUACAAAGCAUUGUUGAAUGGCGAUUCCAAGCCAUUGGAGUCUGCCAAAGAACUCUUCCACUCUCCUUCUAUGAGAAAAUCCAAUGAAAAUCCAAUCGUGAUCAUGACGCAUGGCGAUAAGUUAACGGUAGAAGAAAGGAUCGAUGGCCGGAUUAAGAUAUGUGAAUUCUUGGGAAUAUCAGAAACAAGUGGAACAUAUGACAUUGUUUGUUUAACUGAGCAUGGAAUUUUAGCUGAAGAAUCAGACCCAAUUACUGCAUACGCCUUAACUGAAGCAAUAUAUAGGGCAUUGAUAUUCUCUGACAGAACUCAUUCACCGAAGACAAAUUACAAGGACUACUUUUCUAACGUUCUUAACUUGAUCAUUUGUUUCAUAGCAGGUAUAUUUACUUAUCUUGCUCAUUUCUUCUCGCAAUUGGCUGAUCCCAAUAAACUCAAACGGAUGUGAAGAGAAGAAUGAGGGAGAAAUUACAUGUUAUAGGGUUUGGAUUUCCUUAAUGGGUGCUUUUGUUAUUUCUUGUUGUAAUAAUGUUUAUGAACUUCAUUUUUGUAACACAUUUUGCUUUAUAAGCAUAAUGUGUGAAGGGGUUGCAUCUAUUUUAAUCAAUAUAUACAUAUCAAUAUAAGAAAAUUUCGUAAA